ACUCACCCACUGGCUUCCUGUCCGGGCUUCCUCAGCCCCAUGCCACAUUUGGGGCGUUUCCUUCCCUGACAGAGGGGCCUGGGACCCAGCUGGGGCCCUGGUGGAGGCAGACAUGCUGCCCCUGCUGCUGCUGGCCCUGCUGUGGGGGGGGUCCCUGCAGCAGAAGGCAAGGUUUGAGCUGCGAGUGCAGAAGUCGGUGACGGUGCAGGAGGGGCUGUGCGUCCUGGUGAACUGCUCCUUCUCUUACCCGACGGGCUCCUGGCAUUACUAUUACUAUGAUCCACUCUACGUCUACUGGUUCCAGGAUGGGGAGGACGUAAACCAAGGUGAGCCUGUGGCCACAAACAACCCAGACAGAACUACGAAGCAAGAGACCCGGGGCCGAUUCCACCUCCUUGGGGACGUCCAGAAGAAUGUCUGCUCCCUGAAAAUAGAAGAUGCCAGAAUGGAGGACACGGGACGCUAUUUCUUCCGCAUGGAGAGAAGAAAUUUAAAAUAUAACUACAAAGAGAAUAAGCUGAACUUGGAGGUGACAGGUAUGGAGGGACCCUAGAAGAGGACCCUGGGGCGUGGAGACCCCGAAUGAGAACAGGGACGGGACU